CAAGAAAAGAUCAGUGAGCUCUUUCCCCAAUUUCCCCUCCCAGUGGCGGCCUAUCCGAAGACAUAACCUAACUUGCUUUUUUAUUACUCAAACUUUUUUUGUUAAUUGAAUUUUACUUCAGUCACAGGGACCAUUAUAUUUCCCCCAGGCUUAAAAACAGAUUAUUAUUGUAACAGAGUGUUAUGUGUAAAAUACAGGAGACCGGACUAAAAAAACCAGACCUCUGAGGUCCCAUCCACCCAUAUUUCUAUGAUCCUAUGAUCAUUACCAUCAGAAAGGAAGCAACUUCUUCAUAACCACCCAAGCCAGGAUUAGAGGCAGGAUUCCAACCCAGAUCUUUUAGCCGAGAGAGGUUUGAAAACUUCAUUUCCCAGAUCCCUAGCGAAGGCCCAGUAACGCACAGUUGCUGCGGGGAGGGCCAGGGAGCUCGGGGCUGAGUGUUUACGGAAGCUGCCGAAGCCGGAGUCGCUGACGGAUCCAGGAGAGCUGUCUGCCAGCCCUGUCCAGCCCAGCCCGGCCCCGAGCGCCCAGGUUUCUGCCUAGUCGUAGCAUGGCAGGGGAAGAGGCUGGGAUCAGCUCGUGUGCGGCGUGUGACGACAGCCCUCCGAUUUAUUCGUGGGCACUGGAAAAGGAGACCGAUUUUAACCCUGCCUCCUCCUAGGCUUGUGCCGGCUGUGGAUGAUUGCCUAUCCCCACCCCUGGUGCCAGGGCCAUGGCCUCCAUCAAUGAGCUGCCCGAGAACGUCCUCCUGGAGCUAUUCUCCCUGGUGCCAGCCCAGGAGCUGCUGAGGCACUGCCGGCCAGUCUGCAGCCUGUGGAGGGACCUCAUCGACCUGGUGUCCCUGUGGAAACGCAAGUGCCAGAGAGAGGGCUUCAUCUCCCAGGACUGGGACCAACCAGUAGCUGACUGGAAGGUUUUCUACUUCCUCUGCAGCCUCCGGAGGAACCUGAUCCGAAACCCCUGUGCCCGAGAGGGCUUGAAAUUUUGGAUAAUUGACCAGAAUGGAGGAGAUAACUGGAAAGUGGAAGACACACCUGGAGCCCAUGGGAAAGAGUUUCCAGACCCCAAAGUCAAGAAAUACUUUGUCACCUCCUAUUACACCUGCCUCAAGUCUCAGAUGGUGGACCUGAAAGCCGCGGGGUAUUGGAAAGAGCUGAUGGACACCGUGAGGCCGGACAUUGUGAUCAAGGACUGGUUUGCUGCCAGAUACGACUGUGGCUGCCGCUACCAGAUCUGUGUGCAGUUACUCUCAGCGGACUACCUCGUCCUGGAUUCAUUUGAGCCCCCACCGGUGGAGAUCCAACAAUGGAGUGAUUGCGAGUGGAGAGAGGUCUCCCACACAUUCUCCAACUAUCCCCCAGGAGUUCGUCACAUUCGCUUCCAGCAUGGUGGCAAGGACACUCAGUUCUGGGCUGGGUGGUACGGCUCCCGAGUCACCAACAGCAGCAUCACCAUUGGCCCUGAGGUCACCAAGAAACCCAGUCCUACAGACGACGCAGUCAGAUGUAGCAACUAGAUCCAGACCCAGAUGUCACCAAUGGCGACAGAGUCUUCCUACUUUUCACAGCUUUGAGUUUCAAUAAACACUUUCCAUACAGACA